AUGCCGCCGCCACCGCCGCAGCAGCACCAGCAACGCUCUCCACCCGGUGCCUCGUCUGGAUACCCCGGCCCACCUCAUCGCUCCUAUCCAGUCUCGCCAUCCGCCGCCGGCGCUGCCAACCAUCCUCUGCCACCUCUUCGCCCACCUUCCCGCACCUCUGCAGCCAUGGACGACCCGUCUCGUGAUCGUUGGCGCCAGUCCGCCACCGCUCCGUCGCCACGCUCCGACGUCAUGAACAUGAACUCCAUCCUCGGCCAUGGCGGCCCUCCCGAGCCUAGCGACCCCAGACACAUGAUGUACGACCGCGAGCGAGAUCGAGAACGCGACUACGAAUGGGAGCGCGAGAGGGAGCGAGAACGAGAGCGAGAGUGGGAGCGCGACCGUGACCGCGACCGCGAACGAGCGCGGCCAGGCAUGUACUCGGCUCCUCCGCCUCGCGGCGUCGCGCCACCCACUCACGCAAGCGACCGGCGAUCUCCGAUCGUGUCGUAUGGCAAUGUCGCAACCAGCCCAUCCUCGCAAUCAGCCCCACCGCAGCGCAAGUACUCGAAUCCCGAGGAUCUUCCACCAGCCUCGGCCUACCAUCGCGAGCGCGAGUGGGAACGCGAAAGGGAGUACGAGAUGGAGAGGGAACGCGAAAUGCGCUGGAGAGCCUCUCAAAGACCCGGCGGACCCCUCGACAUGCCCCCUUCACAGCAUGGCCGCGCGCCUAGCGGCGAUAUGCGCUAUGCCGGACCUCCCGGCAUGCCUGGCGAGCCAUCUCGAAGCCCUCGCGAACCCUAUCCCUCUUCGCUUCCGCCUCGUAGGAGUCCAGCGCCGAGCCACGCCAGCCGUGCGCCCUCGGUCGGCGGCCGUGUCCGUGAACCGAGCGCAGACCUUCCACUUGCCGCCAUGGGACCCGAAAGCUCGCCCCGCCACGCGCCUUACCGCGCAGGAUACGACGAUCCCAGAUCCGGUCCCAUCCCUCCUCCGCCUCACGCCGGCGGCAUGCUGCCACCUGCAGGUCGCUCACCAGAGCGCAUGCGAGCUCCGCUCUCGUACGCACCCUACGACCCGGCCUUGUCCGAACGCGAGUUGAUGCAGCGCGAGCGCGAGCGUGACCGCGACCGUGACCGCGAUCUCAUGCCCGCAGAUCGUUACGGUCGUCGCGGACACGGCGAACCGAUGAUGCUCGACGAGCCCAUGUACGAUCGCUACGGCUCCCGAGGCCCUCCCUCCGGCCCGCUUGGCCCACCCUCGUCUAGAUCGGCAGGCGGCCGCGCCUAUGACGAUCGCGGACCCGCACCUCCGCUGCCUUAUCCGCCGCCCAGCCCUAUCCAGAGCCGUGACGGUGACCGACGCAAGGACAAGCCAAAGUCAGCCACAUCCCAGUCGGGAGCAGGCCCCACUGCCUCGCGCGAAUCGUCCGUGCCUGCAUCGACAAGGCCCGGGGGUUACGGCGCGCGCAUCGACGAACGCGGUGGUAGCGGUCCCGUUCCGCCCCAUUUUGAGCCAGAGCGGCACCCACGCUCCGGGCCUCCUCCUCCCAUGGGUCCAGCUCCAGGCAAGCUCGACCCCGCCGCCCCUCCGCCGCGCAGAGCACCGCUCUCGCCCAGCAGUGAACGUGGCGGCGCCUCGUUCCGCGAUCCGCCCACACACCGCGGACCCUCCAUGCCGCCUUACGGCGCUCCUCCCUCCGAACGCGAUCUGCGAGAGCGCGAACUUCGAGAGCGCGAUCGUGAGCUAGCCAUGCAUCGCGAGCGCGAGCUCGAGGCAGAGCACGAGCGCGAGCGCAUGCGCCAACGCGAGAGAGAGCGCGAGAUGGAGCGUGAACGCGAACGUGAGCGGAUGCGCAUCGAAGAGCUCGAGCGCGAACGUCAGCGCGAACGAGAGAGGGAGCUCGAGAUGGAGCGCGAGCGCGAGCGCGAAAGAGAGAGGGAGCGCGAAAAGGAAAAGGAGCGCGAGCGCAGGGAGCGCAGACGGGAGAAGCAGCAAGCCGAAAAGCUGGCCGCCAUCGAGCGCGAAAAGGAGCGCGAGCGCCAGGCGCAGGCUUCAGCCCAGGCGCAGGCUCAGGCACAUGCUGCAGCCGCAGCGGCGCAGAUGCAUCCAGGACCACUGGCCGAGCUGCCGCCACACGUGCGUCCGCCGCCCGGCAGUCUUGAGGAAGCUUUGAUCGUCACGGCACAUCAACAGGCCGCCGCAUAUGGUCGGCCGCCUACCAUGGCAGACUUUCACGCAGCAGCCGCUGCUAUCGGAUACCCACCUGGAUUGCCCUUGCCGCCAGCGAUCCAUCCAGCCAUGUUCGGCGGCGUUGGUCCGGGCGCCGAGGCGCUUGCCCCGCCGCCUCUCGUGAUCCGCGACCCCAAUGCGGGGCCUCGCGUCGAUAGCGAGCCCGUCUGGCUGUACCUUGAGCUGUGCGAGCGAGACGAGUCGAUCCGACGUGCCGAGCGUCUCCCUCUCGAUGUGCUUGCAGACGAGCCGAAGCAAGACAAAGCAGGCGCGGCUGCCGCUGCCCCCGACGCUAGUGCAGAUCAACCGGCUGAUGGAGAAGCUGAUGCUGCUGUUGCUGCACCUGCCGCUGAUGCAGGCCUUGCAGUCUCUACAACGGCGCCGACACCAGCCACCAAGGAGGGCGGCGUUCAGGAGGCACCGUCGGCGGAAGCAAAGGCAAAGGCGGACGUCACGUUGCCUGUCAUUGAAGAGCCUGUCGACCCGCUGCCGCGCCACCUGAUUGGCAUGGACAAGGGCCGUCCAGUCCGUCAUCUGGGUUCGUGGAUCUACGACCCCACUGUAGACCCACUCUUCCCCGCCGAGCUUCUUGCGCGCAACGUGGGCUCGACGCUCGAGGUGCGCAUUCCCGGCGAGCUGCUCAACAACGGCGGCGCCGGUGGCCCGCACUGGGACGAGUACCGCAGUCUCGAGGCCGAGUGCCUCGCGCGCUGUGAGAUCGGCGAUCCGCUCAAGGAGAUGCUCGAGGGCGAGCGCGGCAGCGUGGCGCUCAACGGCACGGGUAACCACUGGAAGCUCGGCUGGCGCGGCAAGGAACACGCGCGCAUGAGCCUCGAGAUGCGCAUCGAAGAAAAGGUUGCAGAAGCCCAGCUCUUUGGUCACAAGAUCAAGCCCUACGUGCCGAAAGGCGGCAAGGAAGCCGACAACAAGGCGGCGGGCAAGGGCGCAGAGGAGCCAAAGGGUGAAGUUGAGGACGCGGAGGCUGGUCAGGCUGCUGCUGCGUCCAGCACCGGGAACGAGAGACCGUGGCGCUUCUGGAGGCUGAAACCGCUGCUGCGCCGCAAGCUGUGGGGCACCGACGUGUACACCGACGACUCGGACGUGCUUGCCAUGUGCGUGCAUGCCGGCUGGGUUGAGGGACCCUCGCUCGAGUCCGAGGGCAUUCCAGCCUGGGUGGCGCCCGGACGCGCCGCACGCGCCUGGAAUGGUCUCACUGUCAAUGGAAACGAGAAGCCCAAGGCCGCCAGCGGAGCCGAUGUCGAGAUGGCCGAUGCGUCCGCCGCAGAUGCGCAGCCCAGCAGGGAAGGCGUGGAGGCCAAGAAAGCGAUGGCUGCGCGCGCGUGCUGCGAUCUGUCGGUGAUCCUGCGCAUCGCGCCCAAGCUCAUCGCGUACAAGGGCUGCCAGCGCGGCGGCAUCAAGUCGAGGUCGUGGGGCAACUCGCACGACGGCGUUUCGCUCGUUGUCGAGUCGGUCGAGCUGAAGCAGCCCGGCUAUGCGCAGGCCAAGGGCAGGAGGGCGGCCAAGACGCGCAUGGACCAGCUCGCCGCCUACCGUUCCAGCGCCCACAAGGUGCAGAGCGAGGACGAGGUCAAGGCGAUCGCGAAGACCGCCCACAUCAUCCCGCUCAGCGCCGUCGUUCGUGGGUGGAAGCGCGCGGGUGACGAGGGUCAGGAGAGUGAGCAGCCCAACAAAAGGCUGUUUUGGGAGAUUCAGUAG